AUGAUAGGAACAAGGCGACGGUUCAAGGGUGCAGGGAGGCUUAAGUGCCUGUGGCAGGUGAAGGGUGGUAAUGGGCAUGCUCCGGUGGCUGCCCUUUAUGUGAUAGGACCCAAACCCUGCAAAACCAACCAACCUACCAUACCUAAACCUAACCAUGAAUCUGUGGCGACGGGCGAUGGGCGACGGGUCGUGACUCUGGGGAGGUUGGGUUUAUGGAUGUGGAGGACCGGCGGCUGUUCUGGACUGCAGGACAGGCCGACUUGGGGUCAGCAGGCAGCGGUUCGCAGUGGCAAGGGAGGCUGUGAGUGUGUUGCCAAUGGAAACGGUCUGCUAUGUGUGGGGACCUUCAAUCUGCAGCAAAGGGUGAGAGGCGACGGUUUAUAG